CGCGCCGGUGGGAAUGCCGGUAGGGCAGGAUGAGGUUGGGGCCUGAGGUCGUGGCGGGGGCACUACACCCGCCCAGUGGGUGUUGCUCCGCUGGCCCACGUGGCUGAGGUUAGGAAAUACUUUCCUGUCAGGGUCGAUACUUCUGGGCCAGGUGCCCACGUGGACCCGGGGCCACCUGUCCCGUGGCUAAUACCUGUGUAGACGCUGCACGCAGCCCAGGAGAACGACGGACCGCCCUUGGGGUCGUGCUCACUCUCGACUCUGACGCAACGAAAACGCAGCAAACGGUGCCGCGCACGCUGAGCUGCAAUCGGCCUGGUCCCGCGGUGAUCCCAUCCCGCCGGAGAGACAGCGACCCAGCGCCCGGCUCUGGCCUCGCCUCCUCAGCCUCCUCCCGCCGCGCACGGCCGCGCCUCGCCCAGGAAUUCACUCCUGGGUCCUCAGCUGCUUGGCCAGUGUCAGGAGCACAUCCCGGCCCUCGGACUCUCUGGCUGAGCUGCCGGGACAGAGCCCCCGGACCCCUGGACCACCCGACCCACCUGGACCGGCCGGGCCCACCCACAUGGACGCGCGGGGACACGAAGCUCCCAGUGGGCGCGCGCUGCGCGACGCGGCAGAAAAUCUAUUUCAGGAACUUCAAGAACAUUUUCAAGCUCUGACUGCAACAUUAAACUUCAGAAUGGAGGAAAUGGGAGGUCGUAUAGAGGAUUUGCAGAAGAAUGUCAACGACUUAAUGGUGCAAGCUGGGAUUGAAGGUUCUGUCAAAGAACAAAUGACUUGAAGACAGGAGACCAGUUACUUGAAAGUGUGAAAAAAUGAAAACUGAAUUUUUGGGAAAUAAUCUACAUGUGUUCUGAUUUUUAGUCUUUAAUUUAAAAAUUCAUUUUAGUAAAAUAAAUGUUUUUUAGAAAACAAAGGCAAUGCAAUAAGAAUGUAAUUCAGAGGGUGAUUAGCCACUUAACAAAGAUAGUUGUAAAAUGGCAAAACAUUUUUCAGUGCAUACCUAAUAUUUGUAAAUUAUGGAAGAAAAGUAUGAACUCCAUUAGGUCAAUUUUUUUUUUCCUGAAUUAAGUUCAUAUAGCUCUUUCUUAAAAGUAUCAUAAGCAGUUUGGUGAUAGAAGUUGUUCUUCAUUCCUAUUCAAUAAUUCCAGUCAGAGUUUGGGGGACGGCUGGUUGUAAUCUGCCCAGUUCAAGCAGGUUCUGGCAGUAUGUUCUCCAAACUAAAGGAAAACCAAAGAAACAGGUGAUGCAGGAUCUCUGUGACUGCCUCCUGGGUCGCCCUCACCCACUGCACUCCCUAGAGGUAGUUACCAAGGAGAUGCACAAGAAACACACCUAAGUUGAUUUGGUCAGAGAUGCCUUCGAAUACUUGUCUAGUUCACCUAUCUCUGAGCCAAAGUAAAAGCAGAGCUAUGCUCACCUGAGAAGGGGUCAGUUGUAGGCGCUCAUGGUAAAAAUUAAUAUUAUUCCUACAUGUAAAUGCAACUUUAUACAAAAGUCAAAAUCACUCAUAAUUCUACAAUUUAGAAUUAACCACUGUCAAUACUCUUCUAUGCAGGCAAUUUUAUACAACUGAUCAUACUGUUUAUAACCCAAUACCCUGUUCUCAUAUCAUAAACAUUUUUCUGGGUGCCUUGGGCUCCAUACCUCUCAUGGGCUCAGUGCAGGUAGAAUAGGGUGUUUACCCUCCAGACCUGAGGAUGCCUGCAGAACAGCCUACUGCAAACACUGCUGAUUGUUUUACUGUUUCAGAUCUUUGUUCUAAUGUCUUAAAAUUAUGUAAAUGGCACCAUACCAAAGUAUCCUUCUCGACCAUUUUUCCAUUCAGUAGUUUGAGAUUUGCCUGUAUUGGUAUGUAUAGGUCUAGUUCUGUGUAACUAACUUGCAGUUUAAGUCCUUUGACAAUUUUCCAUUUGACUGUUUCAAAAUAAGUCUGCAAUAAAUACCCUUGCAUGUC